UUUCCAAGUAGUUUUUACGGCAAGUGUGUCGAAAGUCGUAACAAGGAGCAGUUGAGGAAAGGAGAGGCAAUAAAAUUUAAUAAAAUUAAUUAAAAAGUUUUUUUUUCACGUUGAAAUUUUAAAUAAAUGCUCAAAAGUGCAUUGCCUUGAAAGUUUUUGUGCCGACAAAUAAAUAAAUUGUCGUGAAGAAAAAUCACAAGCACUUGAUUUGACGCAAAAAUGGCAGCAAUUACGGGAGCUGUUCGGUGUGGCGGUUAUCGGUAUGAUGAUGGGACGCGAUAUGUUGGGGAUUGGAAUCAACGAGGACAGAAACACGGAAUGGGACAUUUGCUCUUGAAGGAUGGAACGCGUUAUGAUGGCGCUUUUAGCAAUGGACUUUGCUCUGGAUUGGGCGUUAUGGUUUUUUCUGAUGGAGCAAAAUACGAAGGCGAAUUCAUGCAAGGCUGGUUCCACGGACACGGCGUUUUCUGGCGCGCGGAUGGCAUGAAAUUCGAAGGCGAAUUCCGCGGAGGUCGAAUUUGGGGCUACGGAUUAGUCACAUUUGCCGAUGCUUCGCACGGCUUUCCACGCAACGAAGGCUUUUUCCAAGAUUGUCGCAUGAUAAGACGAAAAAACUGCCCUGACGUCGUUCAAAGAGCGCAAAAAGUCGCACUUAUGGCACGCGCUCAAUGCGACCAACCCCAUUGAAAAUCAAUAAAUUUUGCAGCAAAAAUUAAAAAUUUA